AUGAAAUUCGUAUCGCUUGGACUUUUGUCGCUAGUGGCAUCUGCCGCAGCCUUCACCAACCGUGCCUCCAAUAAGAUUCACCGUGGCGAAGCUCUCUUCCAUGCCCCAAAGAAUGCACCCAAACAUGAUGUCCAAGGAGCCGAUGCCUUUGACAGUCUUUCUCCUGAACAAAAGGAGCGAGUUGGGGCCUUCAUGGAGCACCAAAACAGCGUCCCCAAGCCAGGAUUCCCAGUUGAUGUUCGAUCUUUGGUCCAAUACAAUCAUGGAUUUGCUGUCAUGUCUACCUUCUCCAAAACCAACGAAGGAUACCCUGGUGGCAGUGUGGUUGGAUUUGCACCGGAUGAAGAAGGUCGCCCACUCUUUGUCUUUUCUGGCAUGUCGUCUCACACACAAGAUAUUUUGGCCAACCCCAAGGCCAGUUUAACUAUUGCCGCCAAGGAAUUCAAGGGAGCCGCAGAUGGCCGCGUCAACCUAAUGGGAACCUGUCGCCGUAUUCGCAAUCACGAGGAAAUUGCUAAGGCGAAGGAGAUUUACCGUGCCAAGCACCCUGGUGCCUUUUGGAUUGACUUUGGAGAUUUCAACUGGUUCACCAUGGAUGUCGAACACAUUCGAUUUGUUGGAGGGUUUGCACGAGCCGGAAGCAUCACUGCCGAAGAAUACACAGCUGCCAAACCUGAUCCAAUCAUGGCGUUCGGAGGACACGUUGCCCAGCACAUGAAUGACGAUCAUAUGGACUCGACAAUUGCCAUGGUAGAGCAUUACAUCCCUGGAUUGGUCGGAGAUGACUACGUAAAGGCUGCAGAAAUCACUUCUGUUGACUCAUUGGGUAUGUACGUGAAGGUCACUAGAGAUCCUGAGAAUGAUGAAAGAUUGCCAGGGCAACCUCAGCAGUUCAAACUUCGUCUUCCAUUCCCAAGACCAGCCACAGACAGAAAGGAUGUUAAGAACGUCAUUGUUGAAAUGACACAAGCAUCCAGCAAGGCAAAGCAAGAGGCUGAAUAA